CUUUUGCCCUCUAAAAGCCGGAGCUUCUUAAAAAGCAGCUGACUAUGGUCUCUCUAAUCUCUAUACCCACACAACACAGACUCACGCCCUAGCAGUGUGAGAUUGUAGGCCUUUUCUGGAGUACCAUCUGGGUGUCAUUCUGUCUAUUUGGAAAGCACUUCUAUAUUAUGGCUACCGACGAAGAAUUGCAAGGUCUUUCAAAGUGCUAUGUAUUCAAGAGCCGGUUGCAAGAGUAUGCACAGAAAGCAGGAAUAAAGACACCAGUUUAUGAGACUACAAAAGAAGGUCCGUCGCAUGAGCCUUCCUUCUGUUCUACUGUGAUAGUGAAUGAUGUUAGAUACAACUCUUUGCUUGGGUUUACUCAUCGUAAGGCAGCUGAACAGUCAGCUGCUGAAGUUGCUCUGCUGGAGUUAUCUAAAUCUAGUGAUGCUGUGCAAUGCAUCUCUCAACCUGUUCAUGAAAUUGGCUUAUGCAAAAAUCUGCUUCAAGAGUAUGCACAAAAGAUGAAUUAUGCUGUUCCUGUAUAUCAGUGUCAGAAGGAUACUUCCCCUGGCAAAGCAUCAGUAUAUUCAUGUACAGUUGAGAUUGGGGGAAUUCGUUAUAUUGGAGCUGCAGCAGCAACCAAAAAGGAAGCUGAGAUAAAAGUGGCUAGAACUGCACUCUUAGCUCUCCAGUUAAGUGAUACCAAGUCAUCCAUGGGAUCUGUUGGCACCUCUGAGUUAACAGUGCUUCCAUCUAGAAAAAGGCGGUCAGAAUCUGAAGAGACUGAUAUUAAACCAAAACGAAAGAAAGUGCCAUAUAGGAGGAGGACGUUCAAACGUAAACCCUCUGAGGAAAUUGUGGCAGAAGAAUUAGAGAGCGAUGGAAAUGUCAAGCCAAUGAGUGCAGAAAGUAUGCCACAAGACUCAGUGUCCGAUGAUAUUCCCCAUGCUAAUAAUGUUUAUGUGGAAUAUGGGCCAUCAACAGCUUCAGAUCUCACCAACUGCAGAAAUGGCAGUGGGGAUUUGGGUUCAGUUUUAUCACCCAAUGGAAAUAUAACUAAUUUGGCGGAAGAAGUGAAUAUGGUGUCGGCCCUUGAGCCAAUGACUGCAGAAGCUAUGUUACAAGACUCAGUGUCGAAGGAUAUUGCCCCCAGUGCUGAACAUGGGUCGUCAACAACCAAGGAAGUGUAUAUGGUUUCAGCCGUUAAGCCAGUGACUGCAGAAGGUGUGCCACAGGAGUCAGUAUCUUCAGAGAUACCCCAAUCUAAAAAUGUCAAUGCUAAGCAAAGGUCACAAACAGCCAAGGAAUUGAAUAUGGUGUCCGUUGUUGAGCAAAUGACUGCUGAAAAUAUGCCACAAGAUUCCUUGUCCAAGCAUAUUCCACAUGCUAACAAUGUCAAUGCAGAACAUGGGUCAUCAACUAUGACAUCAGAUUUCACCAACGCCACCAAUGGAAAUUGCGAUGUAGUUGGUUCAGUUUCUGUGUCCUGUGAAAACACAGCUACUUCAGCCAACAAAGGGAAUUUGGUGUCCGCUGGACCUUCGGAGGUUUCAACUGUCAUUCCUGGACCUGACCAGUCACGGUGAGUACUGCAAGCUGGUGUCCUAAAUGGUAGGAGUAGGAGUUCUAUAGAAACAGAAGUUACUGGCACAGUUAUGGGUAUUCACUGCAUGGAAGGGGAUACUGAGAAUUUAUACACACUCCUUGGGUUGUAUUUCAUGGAUGCAUAUUCAUCCAUCCAUUGGGUUCUAUUUUAUCUCUUUGCCUCCUUUGGUUGUUAAAUGUCAUUAAUUUUGUAUUUGAAGUUUUGAACCAACAAGAUGAAUUAUCCUUAAUUCUUAGAAAUCUAAAGAGAAAGUUGGACCGUAGUGUUACUGCUCCCGUCUUCUCAGCACUUCUGCGGCUCUGUCAUUCUUCAAC